CUUUUCAUAGCUCGAGUGUUACUUGUGGAUUAUAGUCCUCCAUUUGACGCAGAUACUUGUGAAUACCUACAUGACGCUCUAGUGAAUUUCUUUUCACUUGUAACACAUCUGAGCGGACCUUGCAGAACACCAUUCUUUGGUUUGUUUGCACUUACAAAAUUUGUUGAAGUGAGUCCCGCUUUUUAUUUAUUUUAUGAAUUCCUUAUAUGCAUCGCCAAAAGCUAUGAUUUAUACUGACAGCCAUCACAAAUAACUUGAAAUGUUGCAUGUAAGUUAGUUAUUUCCCCGACGAGGACUUAGCUAUCUUUAACUUAAACUUAAUUUCUCAGCUUUUAAAUACAGUACAGUAAAGCCAGUAAUUAACUGAUUUCCAACAGUUUUUUUUACUGUGGCCAUCCGCGUUGUGUGGCGUUUUUAUUAUUACUAUUAUUAUUGCUGUUGUUGUUUUUAUUAUUAUUUUUCAGUUUAUAAGUAUAUUAUCGACUGUGAAUAAAUGUAGCCUGAGUAUCAGGCGUUUCUGGGGAAAAGGGGAAAGAUGGAAGCGAAAAAGGGAAAAUCUCCUCUCCCCUAGCCCCUUAGGAAGGCCUGAUACUCAGGCUAGAAUAAAUGCGUGACUUAAAUGUAGUAUCGAGUUGUUAUCAUUAACAAUUCCCUGGUACUCGCAUCAGUUAAGUCCAAAGAUCCUUUUUAGCUUCAUAUCGACUGAGAAUAACAAGAAAACUGUAAGGCCUCUCAUUACUACCGUCUAAGCCAUUCCUAGUGAUAAAACAUUCAGUCGCAAUUGACUUAUAGUUUGCCUCACGUUUGCUCUUGUCAUUUUUAACCUUUUCAGAACCUGUUUUCCUUGCAACAUGUCAGAGGGAACUUUUCUAGGCUUCACUCCUCCUUCGGGGAACUAAAGCUUCUUGCCAAAGAAAAAGCGACUUGUCCGUGCACACCAGGUACAUAUUAUACUACAGCUAACUUACCAACUAUCCUUCGGUGAAAUGAGGGUAGUCCAUAAAGUUAAAGGCUUGAAAUACAUUAAACAGCAUUUUGCGCUUCCCUUUCGAGUUAUUUUUUCGACAAUGAAAGUUAUUUUUACUGUAGCUUAUACUGUAUACUUAAUUUACAUAACUAAUAAGGCUCUCAUUUCUUUUUAAGACCUUAUUUUACAGGGCCUUCGAGAGACUGCUGCUCAGUUUAGGCGACAAUCGCAAAGUCUAAGGCAGGUUAGAAAUUUUCUUUAUCAUAUAAUUUAUUUUAUUUUAUUUUAAUGGCGGCAGUGUUCGCUCAGUCGGUAAAGCGUGUGACUGCAGAGCGGGAGGUCGCAGGUUCGAUUCCUGUGGCCGGACCAAUACUCAGGGUCUUAAAAUAAUUGAGAAAUGAAGGUACCACGUAUGUACUGCAAGCGGCUAGAUAUUCGCGUGGCUCGGAUGACCACGUAAAUGGCGGUCCCCCCGUCUCCCGGAAGAGACGUAAAAAAUAGUGUCCCCAAUUAGUAUUCCGUACUAAAAUACAUGCAUUGACACUAAAAUAAAGUGCAUAUCUUUUAAUAAUACUGCAUGAAAAUGACAAGAAGAUUUCCUGUUAGUAGGUAAUGUGAAAGAGUUACCAUUAGUCAAUGGAAAGUUCGAAAGGAAGUAGACUGAGAGUUUUAAAUUAGCGUCGUGGCUGCCACUGAGCUGAAAGAAGGUUUACAAAAACCAGAGAAGGGGGUAAGCUUAGUUGCAUGGUCUUUUGAAACUUUGUUCUUUUAGAUGAGUACUUCAAGUUGUCAGCUGGAGAUCAUCUUCUUCACUUGUAGGGCAGCAGUUUCUGUAACAAAACAUAUCGAAAAGUUUUCGAAGAGCCUCGAUCUUGAAAGUCUGAAGGUUGGUUAAAAUCGCCGGCUCCGAUAAACUAAACUCACAACUCAUUUAAACUGAAUACUGAGUUUCAGAUUAAGACAUUUGCCGUAAGUGAACUUAAUCAUGUUUAAUUGCCAGUUCCAACCACCCCUUGUUUCCUUUCCUAAUACCUGCUGUGUACGCUGGGCCCCUUUUUGGCCGAAACGAACUAUCUCGACGCCGAGCGGCUCUGUGAGCGUUGGUUUUGGCACAGUAAUUAUAACAAUUACGAUAAAAAUAAUGCUAUAAAGAUAUGCAGCCAACUCUAUUAAGUGGUAUCAAGUCAGUCCCGAUUAAUUUAUUCAGGUGUUUGCAAAUACCAACACAGUACUAUACUAGACAAAUUUAUACAAGGAAAAUUAUAUUUGUUACAAUUCACUUUAACUUCAGAAAAUUCAGGUAGUUAUGGUGCAGAGUUCGGACGAAAUAAGUGUGGAGGAAGAAGACAGCCGCUCUGGUGAGAGAAAAACAGUAAAUAAUUAAACAACCCUACUGAUUUCUUCCAUAAGAACAUGGAAGAUUUAUAGUUAGAAAUCAGUGCCAUCUCGAACAAAAGACAAACCCAAAAAACUGGCUACGCUUCACUUUUUCAACCCAUCUCAUCAGUAUUAGAUAACACUGCCUCAUCUGCUACUCCAUAACUUCAGCUAAUUUCAAUCAUGUCCAGUAGUGCUGCGCUGCCAGUUGGGAACUAAACAACACUGCUUUAAGAGCAGUUGACGGAUCGCACUCUCCUUAAAAAAGGUCAGCAUUGCUAAUGUUCCGUAUUCUGAGCACAUACGGAGCAUGCAUAUUCUCAUUUUUACAUCAGGGCACAGUUUGUUACAAUUAGUCUGAUCCGUGGUGCUUCAUUGACACGGGCCGACAAACCGUGUAUAUACCCUCUUUGCCAUGAUUAUAUUCUAAGUCCCAUAAACGAGAUGCAGUUUACCGAAAGUAUACAGCUCUUUUUUACGGACGAUCCAUUACAGUAGCUGUUUGAUUAAAAGAAAGCAAACAAAACUCAUGUCCUAAUGAAAAGGUAUUUCAAACAACAACAUCAACUAGUUUAAAUAAUCCUCGCUCUUUUGUUUCAAGAGGAAGACAGCUCACCCGGAACAGAAGAUGAGGGACUGAUGGGUUGUGGCCUGGUAGACGUUGUCUCCUUGGAGAAAGGUAUCGCGGCCUGGCGAGUCACCCUAGCUUUUUUAGCUAAUCCCUAAGGCACUGUAGUUAAAUAAAUCACAAAAAAAUGUAACAUUUUUAAAAAACACAAAUAUUGCUGCAGGCAGACCAACUGGCUCGUUGCAAGAAAAAUAAAUCCAAAAGUGCUCAGACUGACUCCGACUUUACCUUGGCACCCAGUUUGAGAGUCAAAAAUGCUGACUUAUUGUUCAUUAACGCUGUCCCUAUGAACUAAAACAAGAUACUAUUCGUAUCAUCAACAAAAGCAAUUGAAAAGGGAGUUGUAAGAUAGCAAUUUGACUUAUCUUGUGGAUAAAGGCUGAAUCCACAAAUCAUGCUGAAUCAUGCUGCCUCGCUACAGUGUGUGAAGGGGCUACUUUUUAUAGUUGAAGAUUAGCCACUAACGGAGUUCCACGCACUUGGAAUUUAUUUGCACUUGACGAUACAAAUCGUUGAAUCGUGGCGUCCGAAUGUGUCGUAGUCCUAGCAGGAAAACGAAAUUAAUGUUACAAAAAGGUUACUACACAAAUCAAUUUGGUUGAAGCGAUGACGGGCAAAUGUUAACUUACAAUUUGUAUUCCAUAUGCGGCUAUGACCAGUAAUCUUCGUAUCUUCGAUGCGUGAUCAGUGACACUUUAAAAAUGUAAUUUGCGUAACUAAAAACCUUGCUUUUACGUGGCCAGUAGUGACCCGACCUAUUUUUCCCGCAGUGCGCAAAGUUGAGGUGUCGUUAGCCUCCCACGCAGGCGUUUUUAGGGGAGCUCGUUUUUGGGAUGAAAAACGAGCUCCCCUAAAAACGCCUGCGUGGGAGGCUAAGGUGUCGUUAAAGGCAAUCAAAUAUAUAUAUAAAAAACCUAAACAAAGGGCUUGCAAAUCACAUACCUAUAGUUACCUCUCUCUGAACAGUAUCUUGUGUGUGGGUCAUUAAGAGUAAUUUUCUCAAGUUAUGAAAAAUAAUGCUCUUUUCCAUUCUGCAGAUGUCGUCAGUUUUCAAAACUUUUUCAAGACAUGGCUGCUUGAUUGUGGCACAGAUCAAGAGCAUUUGCGAUUGUCUCUGCCCGGCGCGUUUAACCAGGAUAAUGAAAGUAAGUUUAAAAAAUGUGAAGCAUCGAAGGUCCAUUUUUGUUGUCAGUCAGUAGUAAAGUUGUUUCAUCAUCAGAGUUCAGUCGUCAUCAGCUUACUCCCAUAUAGUGAUCAUGAGCUAUAGUGCAACGUCUUUCAUUUCACUGCUUAAUCCUAAAGAGAAACAAGCAAAUUUAAAUAAUCUUUUUAGUUACAUCAUCAAUAUUAACAUCUCUAUCACCGUCAUAAUAAACACUAGCCACUAUCAUCAAUUUAAUUGUCAUGACAUUGCAUUGCAUUGCAUAACUGUAUACCUAAUUGCUCACUACAAAUCCUUUCACAGACAAACGCCCGCGAACCUGAUCUACGUUAUUAGGACAAAUGCAACAUAUUCACAUUCGUCCGUAACUCACCCACUUAUUAUCUUUGCCAUCAUCUUAAUAGUGCACUUGUAAGCUUCUGAUUUAUUCCGUGUUCCAGUUAACCUCAGCGUUAUUGUUUAAUGUAACUUUUCUUCCUCUCUUUACCUUUUGUACAAUGUAUAUAAAUAACUUUUUGUUGACAUGUCAAUUGGAUACCAUUUGGAGUGCGUAUUUUGUUCUUUGUAGACACAGCCCUCCUAGACUAGCCUUUGCUAUUUGUGGGCAGUGAGAAAAUAAAAUUGUAAAUCUGAAUUAACCAAUAAAAUGAAAUGAAAUGAUAAGCAUAAUAUCCUCAUCACCAUCACCAUCACCAUGAGUGUCAUCCUCAUCAUUAUUACUUCCAUCAGCGUCAUAACUAACACCACCACAACCACCACCAUCAUCAUCUUCGUUAUCGCAGGAGCCCAUAUUGUCAUCAGCAUCCAUUGACAUCAUCAGCAUUAUCGUUGUCGUCGUCGUCGUCUUCGUUAUUAGGGACUUUAAGAUCCAACGACGCGGACGGUAACGAGAACGUCAAAAAAAACAAUAGGUUUGAUUAGCAAAACAACAACUUUGCACGUGCACCACGCAUUCUUGUACAUUUCUCUGCCCGUUUUAGCACAACUACGACGUGAACAUGCCUAAUUUCGCGUUUUACCGAGGACGUAAACAAGCAACGACGAAAUUUUAUUUCUCUUACUGUGCUUGGAUAUGGUGCCUAGGAAUUCAACUCCAGGAGUGUUCGCCUACAUUUGACAAAGUAAGUGUGUAGGAAUAAUUGCGAUAAAGACUGAAAGAACGCAAAUUCACUUUUUCAGCGACGUUCUAGUCAACGUCGCGUCGUCGAAUCUUAAAGUCCCUAUUACUAGCUGGGAGCUUACGCAACCACGCGACGACUACAACGACAACGUCAAAAAACUGAAUUGGCUUUAUGAGCAAAACAACAGCUCUGCACGUACAUCAUUUCAUUGACGUCCACUGCACGAUUACGACGUGAAACAUACUAACGCGACGUUUCAUGGAGGACCUGAACAUACGACGACGAAUUUUCCAUUCUCUUUUUGAUCCUGGAUAAAGUCCUUUCUAAUUCAACUCAAGGAAAAUCGCCUGAAUUUGCCAAAUUAGGCGGUCCAAAUAGACGCGAAAAAGUUUGAAUCGACGCAAGUUAACUUUGUUAACCACUCUUCCACUGCCGUCGUCGUCGUCGUCUCUUGUAGCUCCCUACUGUCAUCACAGUCAUCAUAAGCAGCAUCAUCUUCAUCUUCAUUUAUUUCUUUUUGAUGUUGUAACCGAAAUUCCGUUAGGCCGUUUACUUAGCUACGUUUUAAAAUCUCAAUAUUUUUAUAUCACACCAGGUGAUCAAAGUCAGGAAAUGGUCGACAGAGGCCUUUCUUUAAAGUGCGAUCUUCACGAAUGUUUGCUGGAUCCUGUGCAUUUACCUUACCAGUUUAAUUAUGUAAGUGUUAUAUAUAAAUCUCCUGUUCACUACCGCAGAUUUUCAAUUAGCCAGCAAUGCUGCAACUCUCUCUAAGUUUAUGAUACCAAGGCUGGAGUUAAAGCGUGCUGUAUUUAUGAAAAAUUGUCAUUUCGUGCGUGAAUCUGAAAUUUUAUAACGUGUCAUUAUGAACAAUUCGUUACUGCUAUUUAAAAUCUGUGAGUCUCAUUUCAAGUCACAAACUCACAGCAAGCCUUCAACAUAUGCUGUCCUUAAUAUUUUAAUCCUCGAUUUCAAUACCUUUAUUAUCGUCCGAAAUACUGCGUAAAGCAACGUGAUAAUCAGUGGUUAAAAUAUGAAAGCAGAGAAUUUCCUUGUUAACAAUCAGAAAACCAGUACCGAGGUUAUACCUUGAGAAAUAACAUAGCCUCUGAAAAUUCUUCACGUCCAAGCCACGAUUUUAGUUCAGUGUCAAAAUUAUUCAUCUUAAAUGUGAAGCAGCAAUGGGCCUUUGCAGAGAACCGGUCACAUGGUUUAAAAAUACCUUGCUGGAUGGCAAACGACACAGCCGGGCAAGAAAAACAAGGAAAUAACAUCACUCAAAAAGAUAAUAUUCUUUCUUUUCAAGGUCCCACUGCGUUGUUUGCCCUCCAGGGCCCUUCUUAGGAGAGUAGACGGUUUGGGGAAUUAUCGUAGCAAGGCAUGCAGCAUUGCCUCCUGCAGUAACUUAAAUAACUCGUCGUCUUCGUUUCAAUUUAAUCUACAGACGGUGGGCUCAGAGUCAACAAAUCUAACGAGUAAAGGGGUAGCAGUGACAAAACCUACUGUAUUGACUUAUCCAGUGUACAAUUUGGCUGCAGUAAAACUCGUUAAGACAGAUGCAAUAUGUGAAUCUGUGGUAAGCUGACAUUGAUUCAUUGAUUGAAAGGUUGACAUUUUGUUAUUGCUUAGCGUGCUACUGUUAAAGACAGGUUUACGGGAAAAUUUUAGCGUGCAAACUUUUGUUUGAAAGCGCAUCCACCGGAGUGACUCAGUUUGUUUCUUUACUAAUUUUGUUCUUUGUUUAUCUGCUUUCUUUUUGUUUUUGCAUGUUCCUUGAGUUAGCUCUUCGGAAUGGUGAGUUUACUAAAGCAUAAUAUAGGGUAAUUCCAAUGUUUGUUUUAUACUAUGUCUUUCCUUCUUUCCUUGCUUCCUUCCAUCCUUCCUUCCUUCCUUCCACCCUUCCUCCCUCCCUUCCUUCCUUCCUUCCACCCUUCCUCCCUCCCUUCCUUCUUUCUACCCUUCCUCCCUUCCUUCCUUCCUUCUACCCUUCCUCCCUCCCUUCCUUCCUUCCACCCUUCCUCCCUCCCUUCCUUCCCUCUACCCUUCCUCCCUCCCUUCCUUCCUUCCACCCUUCCUCCCUCCCUUCCUUCUUUCUACCCUUCCUCCCUUCCUUCCUUCCUUCUACCCUUCCUCCCUCCCUUCCUUCCUUCCACCCUUCCUCCCUCCCUUCCUUCCCUCUACCCUUCCUCCCUCCCUUCCUUCCUUCCACCCUUCCUCCCUCCCUUCCUUCUUUCUACCCUUCCUCCCUUCCUUCCUUCCUUCCUUCUACCCUUCCUCCCUCCCUUCCUUCCCUCUACCCUUCCUCCCUCCCUUCCUUCCUUCCACCCUUCCUCCCUCCCUUCCUUCUUUCUACCCUUCCUCCCUUCCUUCCUUCCUUCUACCCUUCCUCCCUCCCUUCCUUCCUUCCACCCUUCCUCCCUCCCUUCCUUCCUUCUACCCUUCCUCCCUCCCUUCCUUCCUUCCACCCUUCCUCCCUCCCUUCCUUCUUUCUACCCUUCCUCCCUUCCUUCCUUCCUUCUACCCUUCCUCCCUCCCUUCCUUCCCUCUACCCUUCCUCCCUCCCUCCCUUCGUUCUACUCUUCCUUCUUUCCACCCUUCCUUCUUUCAUUCCUUUCGUCUUUCCACCCUUCCUCCCUCCCUCCCUUCCUUCUACCCUUCCUCCCUCCCUCCCUUCCUUCCUUCCUUCUUUCCACCCUUCCUUCUUUCCCUCCUUUCUUCUUUCCACCCUUCGUUCUCUCCUUCCUUCUCUCCUUCCUUCCUUCUUUCCACCCUUCUUCUCUCCCUCCCUUUCCUCCUUCCUUCCACCCUGCCUUCCUUCCUUCCUUCCUUCCUUCCUUCUUCUUCCUUCCUCCCUCCCUCCCUUCCUUCCUUGCUUCCACCCUUCCUUCCUUCCUUCCUUCCUUCCCUCCACCCUUCCUUCCUUCUUUCCACCCUUCCUCCCUCCCUUCCGUCUUUCCUUCCUUCCUUCCUUCCUUCCUUCUACCCUUCCUCCCUCCUUCCCUUCCUUCCUUCCUUCCACUCUUCCUCUCUCCCUUCCUUCCUGCCACCCUUCUCCUUCCUUCCUACUUGCAUCCUUCUUUCCUUUUCCCCUUAGUUUAAUAGUUCUUUCGUUCGUUCGCUCGUUAGUUCGAUCAUUCAUUCAUUAUUCUUUUAUAUCCCUCCUUCGUUUCCUCCAAAUUAAACACUUUCUACAUUUGUCCUUUCAGCAUACCGCAUACAACACAUGUCAACAAUCCCAACGACUUUCUUGAGACCAGCCUGAAAAACAGCAAUAACAGUGGACACAGAUUCGAGUUUAAUAAGCACUUGUUACUUCGUCUUUGUUUUUCUUUGUGGCAGCCCUUCAUUGUUCGACCCACCUUGUGCUGGAAGCUAGACUGGGAGGAUCUGGAAAGUAACCAACAGCAUUUCCAUGCCCUGUGUUCAGUGUUAAAUGAAAGGGUACAAUUUACAUUUUCUUUUUAAACGGGUGACAAGUGUUUGGUUGUUACUGAGGUGCUGCUUUUUUAUAAGUAUCCCUUAAACUUCAUUCCGAGUGUUUCUCUUCAUAUCAAUGGAUGCCAUAGAGUACAAUAAAAAAAAUUCCGAUUAAAGUUCAUCCACAACUAAAACCAUAUCCCUGUUUUCUUGAAGAACAUUGUUUUUUGUUUAUCGUUAAUGGACAUGAACUUUAUUGUGUAAUUUCCGAUCUCAGUCAUUUUUAGCUUCGUCCCCCCGGGCUAAUUUUAUUUAGGCAAAUAAUCCUUUUUUCUGUUUUUCUUUAAAAUCAAAAAGGGCGUCGCCUUGUUGGCAAAGACAAGUUAUAAGCCUGUGACAUUGCCUGGUGUUGAGACACCUGUGACACCCUUGUCUCCAGAAGGACACUACUUGUUUCUUCCUUCUGAUAAUAACUCUUUGUUGCUGAAGUCCAUUGCUGUUAGUGAGCUGAUGUUACCUAAUGAUUUCCAGUCUUCUGUACAGGGACCUAGCGACAGUGCCUUAUCAGCUGUAGCCUCAUGUCUUGACCAGGUA